UCGAUGGAGACUUGGCAUUCCCGGGUUUACUUUGCGAACAAUAUCAUUUAGGAACUGACUGCCAUUUACUGAAUUGUUGAAAAGUGGAUAUGAUGGAAGAAGGUACCGGAAAUGUUCUUGUUGUUGUAAGCUAUUUGCAUGAAGCGCUAAAAUGCAAAAGAAAUUUCUUGGAGCAGACAUAGAGGAUUUGACGCUGCUGCUUCUUACCUCUGUAGAGAUCCUGGUAUGGUGCCUCGUAACAAUGAUACUGUAAAUGGAACCGAUGCAAAGGUCAAGUACUAUGACACCUGCCUGCAGCAUCCGCCGCCUCGUUCUUCUCACUGUUCUAUCUGUAACAACUGUGUGGAGCGUUUUGAUCAUCACUGUCCUUGGGUUGGUCAAUGCAUAGGACUGGUAACUAUAUUAAUGCCUAAUAGUCUAAUAUAUUUCAUUGUCAUCCGAAUCUGCAUGGUGAAUCUCUAUUGCAACUAUUUGAUUCGGAUCAUCUACUGUUUUAUUUGUGUGUGGUUUUUUGGCAGUCUUUUUGUCUUUCAUCUCUACCUGAAGAGCACCAAUCAGUUGAGGGCACCAGGAGAGAGAUCGUAUCAUAUUUCUUGUCAGUUGUGCUCUGGAUCUUCUCCUAUUCAUAUACGUAACAACACACUCCUAUGAAGCAAUUCAUAUAGCUUACAUUUCAUUGCAUCUCCUCUGUCAUUUUUAAUUGGUUAUAUGCAUGUGCUGUUGCAGAAAAUUGUUUCUAAGACAAGCGGUUACUAUAAUUAAUGGAAGCAGAGUUCUUGCUUGAUAAUUGAUGGUAUGGUGUUAUAUUUUUAACCAGUGCCGCUUAUCUACACUGUCAACACGUUAAUAACUACAGUAGCUUGGUUAGUGCGCACAGUAACACCUCAAGAGGCGCCACCAGGUGGCGCCCCAGCCACCAGUAGUAUAGCACUAGUUGGCCUAAAAAAACCUAGUACUGCUGUACGAGAGUGGAUAUACUCCCCCAAAAUAUACUCAAUGCAUUAGCUGCCGCAGCCGCAGGGGCGACGGCAGCCUGGGCGGCGAGCAGUGGGCGCCCUUCACCGUGCUGACCCUUGUAGGCGGCGGCUGACGGGGUGAUAAGUUUAUUCGGUAACUUCCUGUACUAGCUGUAAUUUAGACGGCGUCAUAUUUGGUUCGAUUCCGCUUCGACGAAGGCCUCUGUAGCGUGUUCAUAGUUUCGGCCUUGGCUACUGCGGAAUCUUUCAGUCGCCUUGCUUAUGUAGCGUGUCUUGAUGAUACGUUGAUGUUCGAUUCUGUCUUCCUAAGGAUGGGUUUUGAAAGUGAUCGCCUCACUGCUACAAAAUUCAUUGUGAAUUGGCACUGUAAUACUACACCACUGCUAGUAUGGCAUCACAUGCCGAAAUCGAACCAGUUUUUGCAAAUUGAAGGCAGUAGUAAAACAAAUAAAAUAUAACAGGGAAAAAAAUGUUAGGGCAUGAUGAGGACAUGACUACCUUGGAUACGACCAGAAAUAUUGCAUACAUGCAUAUUUGUCAGGUGAUUUCUAAUGCAAACUAUUUAAUAAUUUAUUUAUGUUAUCCAGAACAAAAAUACUUCACACUUUUGUGUUCUGUCUAAUUGCAGAUGUAUGGAAUAUUUGUACAAUCUACAUAUGAAGAUAAGGGAAAAUAAGGGAAAAUGAGAAGUUUAGGUUCUGUUCAAAAAGUCCUCUCACGUCACUUUCGGGCCAAGAGAAGAUAGAGUCCAAGUCUUUCACAUUCUGGAUUCAGAUUCGGACUGCACAGACAUACCUGAAUCAAAACACCAACUUUUUCAUAUGGACUCCAAAUUGGGUGAUUCUUUUUUUUGUUGAAAACUAGAUUUCGUGCUCUUUCCAACCCAAUUGGAUUCACCUUCAAAUUCGUCCGGAGCAUUGAGAUAUGGACGAAACAAUCUGAUGUUGUAACAGAAUCCGUGUCAAACUACAAGCCCAAAGGUGUUGCAUCACCUCCACUUGGGCCCAUGAGCCUUGUACGACCUAGGAUUAGUUUUAGGCUGCCUUGGGACGUCCUCCCACCUCCUUGGCCGCCACCCCUUGCUCCUAUAUAAGUAGAUCUAUCUAAUAGCUUUUUCCUUGGAAUUUGUUUAGUUAAAAGUUAGCCAUUGCAACUUUGUGUA